AUGUCUUUAUCUUUGGGUGAUAUCAAAUUUCCAGAUAAUUGGGAUUUAAUUCCAAAUGAAAAAAAUUACAUUGAUUAUGUUUACAAGGAAUCAAUUGAAUUAGAAGUAUGGAGACCAAAUAAUAAAAGAGAUUUAAUGGCACAUAAUAAUGUUGUAAGUUUGGCUAAAUAUUUCUGGCCACAUGUUGAUUUCAAUAGAUUAGUAAUGGGUGGAGAAUUAAUGGUAUGGUUCUUUUCAUUUGAUGAUGUUCUUGAUGCUGGUAUCUACACUGAUGAAAAACAAAUGGAUUUGGUGAAAAGAAUGGAUAAUGUGUUUAUUAAUGGUACUGUUGAGUCUGAUGCAACUGGUCCAGAGAAGAUGGCUCUCCACCUUAGAAAGAAAUGUGAAGUAAUGUGUGGCAAAAGAAGAAAGGAUACCUUCAACCGUUUCAUCUCUUCAUGUGUCCAAUGGGUCGAUUCAAUUAUUCCAUUCAAUAAACUUCGUUCAGCUCAAGGCACAUCCCCACAUUUAGAAUUAUACUCAUACUUGAGAAAAGUUAAUAUCGGUGCAUAUCCAUGUGUCACUCUUACUGAAGUAAUGUUAGAUCAUGAAAUUGAAUAUUACAUUUGGUCAGACCCAAAAUGGAUCAAAAUGAACGAAGACAUCGCCAUCAUCACCACCUUAAUCAAUGAUUUAGUAUCCUAUGAAAAAGAAGUCAAUGAUCAAGCAGGUGACUUGAAUCCAUUAUACUUCCUCCAAAAUCAAAAGAAUAUUCCAUUACCAGAUUCUUACAAACAAGUGGUUGAUCUCAUUGAUUUCUGGGUAAAAGAUUACCAAACCAUGGAACAAAGUCUCUUAAAUGAAAUGGAAUUUAAAGAUUCAAAACAAAGAAGUGAUAUGGAAUUCAUAUUGGAACAUCUUCGUUAUUUAGCUAGUGGUUCAAAGAAAUGGUCAAUGCAAACACCUCGUUAUUGCUCUCCAACUUCUCCAUUCAUUGAAAUGAGAACUAAACCAUCAACUCCAGUUAUGAAUUCUACAAAAAAACAAAAAAUUGAUCAUGUUCCAUCUCAAUCAUUUAUUUCAACACCAAUUGAUUUAAAUAAUUAA